UGAUUUAGAAUAUGGAUGACAGUGGCCUGGCUCCAGCCCAUGACUGACGAAAGCUGCUUAUCCCUCUUGGUUACCAUGGAGAUGAGCAGUAGCAGCAGCAGCAGCAGCAGCAGGAGCAUAGAGGCUGUCAGGGAGAGAAUCAGCAAUCAGGCAUCUGUGGGGGUCUGCAGGAGGAAGGAGGAGGCAGAAUCGGGGACACACACAGCAGACAUGGACUUGCAUUGUGACUGUGCCGCCGAAACUCCUGCAGCAGAGCAGCCCUCUGGGAAGAUUAAUAAAACCGCUUUCAAAUUAUUUAAGAAGAGGAAAUCGGGUGGCACCAUGCCCAGUAUAUUUGGGGUAAAAAACAAAGGAGAUGGGAAAAGCUCGAGUAAAACGGGGAUGGUGAGAAGCAAGACUCAUGAUGGAUUAGCCGAGGUAUUGAUGCUGGAAAGCAGCAAGAAGGAGGAACCGAGCAGCGGCGGGGGCAGUGCUGGAGGCGGCAGCGGGGACCAGCUGAACGCGGAUACCCACCCCAGAGCCGCGGUGACCAGUGUGAGUUCUUUAGCCAACAGCUCCGUGGCCAAGUCGCACAGUUUUUUCUCGCUGUUAAGAAAGAACGGGAGAUCCGAGAAUGGCAAAGGAGAACAUGCAGAUCAAAACAAGGCUGGCAGCAAACAAAAGAAAGGGCUGAAAGGGAUCUUUAGCAGUAUGCGCUGGCAUAAGAAGGAUAAACAUGGAAAGGAAGAGGAAAAGGAGGAAGCCUCUGAAAUCCAGUCCAGCCUCAUUCUGCCUGGCUCCCUGACAGCCAGCUUGGAGUGUAUCAAAGAGGAAAUUCCCAAACCUUUGUGUGAACCUGAAAACCCCACCAAGGAAAUCAGAAAAGAGCCAUCCUGUGAGCUCCGGCGGGGAGAAGAGGCGAACGCCUCAGUGGACAAGCCUGAAGUGAGGAAUUCUGGGGAGUCACUCAGCCCGGUGUUGCAUAACAACAAAAACACACGGGGAGAGGAUGCCGCUGGGUAUCGGCAUGAGGAGAGGCACCGAGAGGCGCGGGAGCCAGGCACUGGGGAGAGCCGGACAGCCCAGGAUGCAGCGAGAACAGGCUGUGGAGAUAUUAUUGCGGACCAGGAGGAUGAGGCAGGUGCCAGCUGCGACAAGAAUGCCUCUGGGACAGGCAAGCCAGCUCCCUCCAAAAAGAACCCCAACAUGGUGGCCUACCAAGGAGGAGGGGAGGAGAUGGCCAGCCCAGACGAAGUGGACGACACCUACCUCCAGGAAUUUUGGGACAUGUUAUCCCAGACGGAGGAUCAAGGAGCACGGGAGCCCCAAGGCGGUGUGGCCAAGGCAGCAGUGGGAGCAGCGGCCAAGGAAACCAAGGUAGUCCCUGAAUCCUCCAAAGAUGGCAGGGGUAAGGAAGGAGCUAAGGAUGGCUCCUUGGUCAAAAGGAGUAGGAUCCAUCGGAUUCCCAUUGAGCUGCAUCAGAAGGAGGAUCCUAAGAACCGGGAAAAGGAGCAGCAGGAAGGUAUCCCCAACAGCGAUGAGGGCUACUGGGAUUCGACCACCCCUGGCCCAGAGGAAGACAGCACGAGCACUGUCCAGAAGGAAGGGAUCCCCAGGGACAGCUACAGUGGGGAUGCUCUGUAUGAUCUCUACACAGAUCCAGAUGAAAACCCAGUAGGUCUGCCCUCUGAUGAAGAAGUGACCAGCUUGUCCCGCUCCAAGCCGGUGUCUCCGGUAACCAUAACCUGCCCUCUGAAAACACCCAGCAGUUUGAUCAAGGACUCCAAGAUCCCCAUCAGCAUCAAACACCUAGCAUCUAUUCCUGCCAGCCAUCCUGUGGUGCACCAUCACCCGACCAAGAGUGAGAUCCCCAGAACAAAAAUCCCUGUAUCCAAAGUGCUGGUCCGUAGGGUCAGUAACAGGGGUUUAGCCGGGACCACGAUCAGAGCAGCAGCUUGCCAUGAAGGUGCCAAAAAGCUGUAAGGCUUUGAAGGCCAAGAGAGACCACAUCAUAGGAAUGGCAAUUUCACUGGAAACCACUAAGGAAAGUUUUGCUUCAUUUAAGGAAAAGUCUUCUAGGACAGCCCCUUCUAAAUAGCCUGGGCUGGAAUUAUUUAUGUUGUUUGGAAAAGGAAUACAGCUUAUGUGAGAGGGGGGUGCUACCCUUCAGUUUCCCUUCUCAAGAUGUCACUGAAGAUUCUUUUCAAGCACUUUUUUCUUUCUUUUUUUAUCUUUGUAUCAUGUUUUGGGAAGCACUAAAUACUUGGAUGGAGAUUACCUUUGCUUGCCUUUGCAGAACAGGACAUUAGCAAACUUUAGCAAGCAUCUAGCCAUGAUGCUAAGUUGUGCCAAGAGUUGUCCAGAAUGUCCAGGGUACAGCUCACAGUGAAAAAGAGGGGCUCUCUCCAGUAUAAUUUUUCUCUCUUUUCCCCCCUGGGUGGGGAAAAUUAUUCUCUGCUGUUACCACUGUAUGGGGGAAAACCACAAAGCCGCAUAAGCCAGGUAUUUACCCAAUGAACAGAGAGAACCAGUGAUUGGCCACAGACAUAACUUGUUUUUUGGUUGCUAGCUAUGAAAAGAGAUGGAUUUCUACUACCAGGAGGAAGAGUAUAUAUAUAUAUAUUUGUUCUAUUGGUUUAGAUCAGUUGUGAUGAGGAGUAACAGACACAUCUAGCUCAAUGGUGCAGACGUUUGCUUCAAUAUUCAUCCAUUGCAGAAACCAGGAUCAGGGAAAUAUUUCACUAAAUGCCAAUAGACAGUACUUUUUGCAUUUAUAAAAUACAACAUUCUUCAUGUGUAGAUAAAUGCUUAUUUUACAGUUUGACAUUUUAUAAAGCCUGUCAGUAAAACACAGAGUUAAAGCAUCUGUUUUUAUAGUUAGACAAGAUAAUUGUCUUAAACCCAAUGCUAUCCUUUGAUAUAAGACUGUAAGCUGGAGCAAAUCUGUUUGUUUAAGUGGAUUCUAUUCCUUUAGUCUGUGGCUGUUGGUGGGGGGUUGGCUUGGCCUUGCCUGUGGUAACAGUCUGUCAGAAUUCUCACAGAAAACCCCAAUUUUCAGGGGUUUGUUAAUUUGGCUUGAAAUGUUUUUGGCUCCAAAGUCAAUUCUCAGUCUGAGAUGAAGAUGGGGAGCAUCUAAAGAAAACAAUGAAAGGAAAAAGGAUGUAUCUGGCUGUAUAUGACAUUUGGCUUUUGUUUUUAGUCUUAAUGACUGAUCCAGGGGGCUCCAAAUAUGAAAUUGUCAAGUUUGUGUAUAAUGGAUAUUUUUAUGCCAAGAUUUUUUUUUGAAAAGUGGCUUCCCUAUAAAUGUGUAUUGUCUAAUUUUUCAAAGAGGAAAUUUAUUUCGUAAGGAUUUAUCCUAUGCCUACUUAUAAGUUUGGAUGAUAGCUUGAAACAGCUCCUAGGAUGCCAUUAAGGUCUAAUGAUUAAAUAAUAUGCAUUUUGAAACAGAUUACCCUUAUUUAAUCAAUAGACCAGAGAGUCUAUAGGGAGAUGUUUCAGUGCAUCAGUUUAGACAGAGUUAAAUGAAGCUAUAAAUAUUUAAAUGAUGUAAACACUUCAGCAUAACCACAUGUUUACCUGAGUGCUUUCAUAUGUGAUUAACUGCUACUUGCAAACUUUUUUUUAAACUUUAUUUUUUUGCUUUAUAAAUGGAACAAGAGGGAAAGUUAAAUAUACAAUAACAUUUUUGAUAAUAUUAAGGACCUGAUGUAAAAUAUACCAGGAGAGAGGAAAUGCAAAUCUGUGUCAGGAGAUCAAAGCAGGUUGCUCCUUUUUAAAAACCUUCUGUUGACCUGAUUUGAGGAUAAGAAAGAAGUGAUUUCCUUGGCUUCUUACAGUAAGACUCCUGACUUUGUUUGCUUUCUGGCAAGCAUAUCCUUAAUGUUAUUUUGAAGUAAUGUUUUAAUAUUUGAUUUCCUUCUGCUGUCUAUAUGCGUGACCCUGUUACCCACAGUCACAGCCUUAAGUAUUCCAUACCCAUAACCACAACACACAGAGAUGCAGAAUAUCUCCCUCCUGCUUAUACAUGCACAAGUGUGUGCACACAGGCACACACACACACACACACACACACAUACACACCUACUCAUACGCUCAUUUACUUAGCCAUGCAUAAAUUGACAAAGAAAAACUAAUAGGUUCACACGUUGAAAGAUUCUAGCAAUUGUUUUUGGUUUAGGAAGGAGAUAGGUUGCAUUUGACUCAGUACUGGCUGAUAGACUUUAGAGCCUAAAAAUGUAAUACAUUCUCUCAAAUGAAUGCAGAAAACAUAAUUUCAAUCCUAACCAAAAGACAAAGAAUCUUUCUUUCUGUCUCUUUUUUUCCUAUACAAGUCAUAUUCUCCUUUGCAUGAAUACACAGAAAAGUUAUAUUUGUCUACUUGUACAGGGAACUGGAAGUUGAGAGGGAGAGAGAGAACACUGGGGGACUGUGGCAAAUUCCAGAGCUGGAGGGACCAGAUCACAGAGUUAUAAAGGCAGGGGCACAUCAUUUAAACCCCAGGGGAAAUACAUUUUCAACUAACACGAGUUCAAGAUCCACUUCUUCAUUCACAUCAAUGGAUUUGUAUGUCAUGUCCUCUUUGUUAUAAAUAAGGAAAACUUUACUGAAUGACUAACUAGUUACUCUAUUAAAGAUAUUUUUAUUUCUUUCUUUC